GUGAAUCGCCAGGACAAGGCAAAGUGACAGACCCCACCGUCGCGGUCCUCAGCUACUAGUUUCUGGGAAUGUACCACGACGCCACGACGCGAUCCCGACGCGGUUGCCGGCCCUCCACGCGGCGCGGCUCAUGCUUAAAUCACCGCAGCUUUCCACUGACGUGCUCGUCGUCGGAGCUUAACUUUAAUUUCCAAGAAAACAUGCCACAGUACCCGGAGCUCGUUCUCGAUGACCUGCCAGCCGCUCCUCCUCCUCCCCCCGCCGGAAUGGUCACCACGGCGAGGGACGCCUACUUCCUCUGGGAGCUGCGCAAGUACGUGCUGCUGCAGGCCACGCUCGCGGCCAGCGUCACCUACUCGGCGGGGCUGAGCCCGCCGGGCGGGGUCUGGCCUGACAACAACGACAGCACCAGCAGCGCCAACCCACGCCUCGCCGGCGACCCGGUGCUCCAGGUCACCUACGCCCGCCGCUACGGGGUCUUCUUCUACUCCAACGCCACCGCCUUCGUGGCCUCCGUCGUCACGAUCAACCUCCUCCUCAUGCAGUCCCUCAGCCGCCACCGCGGGUGGCUCCGAGCGCUGCAGGCCGUCAUGAUCCUCAACCAGCUCGGCCUCAUGGCCGCCUACGCCGCGGGCAGCUGCAGGGAGCUGGCCAUGUCCGCGUACGUCGUCGCCCUCGUGGCCAUGGUCGCCUUGUACGUCUGCGCCCACGUCCUGCUCUUCGCGCUGUGCGCCCUGAGGAGGCGCGGCGCCGUCGCGGCGGACGACGCGGCGGCGCCGGCGCAGGCGCCGCCGGAUGAAGAGCCUGGGGCCGUGGAGCGCUCGCGCAAGUACCUGCUCAUCUUCGCGACCCUCGUCGCGACGGUGACGUACCAGGCCGGGCUGAGCACGCCGGGCGGGUUCCUGUCCAACAGCCAGGACGACGGCGACCACCUCGCCGUCGCCGGGGACCCAGUGCUCCCGGGCCGCUUCAUGGGGUUCUUCUACUUCAACACCACGGCGUUCGUGGCGUCUCUGGUGGUCAUCAUGCUGCUCAUGAGCCGGACCGUGACCCGCCACGGGCUCCGCUCCUGCGCUCUCUGGGUGUGUACCGGCGCGGCCCUCGUCGGGCUCGUCGGCGCCUUCGCCGUGGGGAGCAGCAGAAGCUUGAAGACGUCCGUCUACGUCGUCGCGCUGGUUGUCGCCGUUCUGUCAUACAUCGGCCUCCAGGUUCUGGUGUUCUUCUGCAAGCCUGUGGAGACCUGGGUGCACAACGUCCAAGGCACGCUGCAAAGGUACCUGAAACUGGAGUCGUCAUCAUCACAGGACCCCCGGGCCCGGCUUCGUGCAGUGCAGGAAACCGCCGAGGCCGACCAGCUUCUCCGCAAGUCUCGCAUGUACCUGCUUCUGCUCGGGAUCCUUGCGGCGAGCGUCACGUACCAAGCCGGGCUCAACCCGCCGGGCGGCUUCUGGCAAGCAAGGGCCGCCGACGGUGUGCACCACUACCUGCCCGGCGACCCAGUGCUUCACAACACCUACCCCGGGAGAUACCUCGCCUUCUUCUACUGCAACGCCACGGCGUUCGUCGCGUCCUUGGUCAUACUCAUCCUGCUGCUAAGCAACGUGUUCAGCACCCAAGGGAUCAAGUACUGCGCGCUGCAGGUCGCCAUGAUCAUGGACCUCCUCGGGCUCAUCGGCGCCUACGCCGCCGGAAGCUGCAGGCAAGUGUCCAAAUCCGUCUACGUCUCGGUGCUCGUCAUUCCAGUCUUCCUCUACGUCGGCGUCCAUGUCAUGGUCUUCAUGCUCCAAGUCUUCCCAAACAUCGGGACGUGGAGGAGAACCGUGAGGGACAGGCUGGAGGAAGCUGUACCCAGAUGCCUCAAGAAGCUGUUCGAGCUGCCGCCGGAGGAAGACGACGAGGACAUGAGGUGGAAACUGGAGAAGAGGCGCAAGCUCCUGCUCCUGCUUGCCAUCCUCGCAGCCAGCCUCACCUACCAGGCAGGCUUGAACCCACCGGGCGGCUUCUGGCAAGAGAACAGCACAGGCCACGUCGUCGGCAACCCUGUGCUCAACGACAACUACCGCCGCCGCUACAUGGCUUUCUUCUACUGCAACGCGACGGCCUUCGUCUCGUCGCUGGCCAUCAUCAUGCUGCUGGUGAACAGGAAGCUCUCGGCGAGAGGAAUACAGUCGCACGCGCUCGGCGUGUGCGUGGUCCUCGACCUGGCCGGCCUCAUGGGCGCGUUCGCCGCCGGGAGCUCCAGGAAGGUGUCCACGUCCAUCUACGUCCUCGUCCUGGUCGUCGCGGUUCUACUCUGCAUCACGCUCCAGGUCGUUCUGGUCGUGUCGGAGUCGGUCCAGCGUCUCCUGCAGAGACUCCUGUCCGUCUUCGACGUGACGGAGGGAGACGCUGGCUUCGUACUGCCGCAUGUAGCUGCAGCUGCCAGCAAUGGCGAGCCGCGAGAUCCCUGGUACGAAAAGAAGCCCAAAUACCUGCUGCUCCUCGCAGCGCUCGCAGCAGCCGUCACCUACCAAGCCGCCAUGAACCCGCCCGGUGGCCUCUGGGACGACGGCCAUUCCGGCCACGUAGCCGGCGACCCGGUCCUCCGGAGCAGCCACCCGAGCCGUUACAGGGCUUUCUUCUACUGCAACGCGACUUCCUUCAUGGCGUCCCUCGUGAUCAUGGUCCUGCUCCUGAUGAAGCGAGUGUGCAGAGCAAAGCAGGCCAUCUUGGCCCUGCACGCCGCCAUGAUCCUGACCCUGUUCGGCCUCAUGGGCGCGUACGCCGCCGGGAGCUGCAGGAGAGUGAGGACCUCCGCUUACAUCCUGGCACUAGUGAUAGGGGUUUCUGUGUACAUCGUUGUCCUCGUCGUCGUGUCCAUAGGAGUCGCGAAGCGGCUGAAAGGAGUGGUGGAUGAGCUAGCCGAACGAGUGGUCUGGUGCUUCUCUGCAGAAGACCUGUAAAACCUGGCGACAUUAGGCUACAUAGUGUAAAAUAUGGGAUGCACAACUGUAAAUGACAUUGAAGCUCUCGAGCAAUACAAUUAUAGAUGACUAAUAA